AUUUCUUUUGACUCCGUUUUCCCUCUAUCCAAACAAAAUCUCAACGUUGAUGCAUCCCAUUCGUCUCUCUACCAAAACUCCACGAUUGUGAUGUAAAACCGCCCCGCCCCAGUCCUUCCCCUUCUCCCUGCUCGUCUUCUUUCCCUCCCAUCCCCCCCGCGCAGAGCAAGAGGGGGAGCUGCGCGGGGGCACCAAAAACCUCUCUCUCUCUCUCUGAGCCCAUUCAUUUGGGUCGCCGACAAUCUACCAUGUGAUUGCGAUCCUCCAUGGAAAUGCAAGGCCCACCAAGCCCUAACCCCACUUCCAUUUCUCCUCAGCAUGCUUCCAACAACAACCCAUCUCCCACCACACCCUCAUCCCCGUCAAUCCCAGUUUUGUUCGGAAAUUCUGACUCCGAAGAGCCCUCCUUGUUCAAGGGGGUUCACCGGAGGGCUCUCUCAGAUGGGAAUUUUCAGACCACCGGAGACGACGAGGUAGGUCUCUCCGGCGACCCUGUCAACGGGUCGAUUGUAGGGAGUAUGGAUGACGAUGAUCUAUUCUCUGCAUUUUUUGAUCUCCAGAAGUUUGCGAGGAGUGAGGAUGAUGGCGGCGUUAGGGAUUUUAUGGAUCAGGAGGACAGUGGCAGCGGCAGUGGUGGUGGGGUUGUUGAAUCGGAGAAGACGUUAAAGUUUCGGCAUAGGUAUGGGAGUUCGUUGGAGGGGUUGGGUGAUGCUAAUGAGGUGAAGAAGGCUAUACCUCCUGAGAAGUUGGCUGAGAUUUGGGCUGUUGAUCCCAAGCGUGUCAAGAGGAUUUUGGCAAAUAGACAGUCCGCUGCUCGCUCAAAAGAGAGGAAGGCUCGCUACGUAGUAGAACUUGAGCGAAAAGUUCAGUCUCUUCAAUCAGAAGCAACAAAUCUCUCUGCCCAACUCACAAUAUAUCAGAGAGACACAACGGGCCUGAUUACAGAAAAUGCUGAGCUCAAAAUUCGGUUGCAAGCUAUGGAGCAACAGGCUCAUUUGCGUGAUGCUCUAAAUGAAGCAUUGAAGCAAGAAGUCGAGAGGCUCAAGAUUGCCACCGGAGAAAUAAAAACUCCCUCUGAAUCGUAUAGCUUGGGCGGGUGGCGUAUACCAUGCAGCCCAGUGGCUUCCCCAUCAACGAUGCAACAACCCAUGCAAUACAGCCCAUUAGCCUCCCCGUCAACAAUGCAACAACCCAUGCAAUACAGCCCAUUAGCCUCCCCAUCAACCUUGCAAAGCAUGUCUUACACCUCAGUAGCAGCCUCCCCCUCUCCGUCAACCAUGCAACUGCAAAACAUGUCUUACAGCCCAGCGGCCUCCCCAUCUCCAUCGACGACACCGAACCUUUUUCCACUUCCGAAAAAUUCAGUUCCCGUGCUCUCCCAGGUCCCGCAAUUCCAUAAUUCCCGGUCUAGCCUAUCAAGUCGCCGGCUUCGUCCUGGGCAGAAUGAGUCUCUCGCUCGUUUACAGGGGUUCGAUAUGACCAGUAACAGAGGAUCAAAUCUUGUGAAUAUGGAAGGUCCUCCAGUUUCUGGCAGUGACAGUAGCUCCCCAACACAACUGUUGACUCCCUGAUUUGUCAAUGAUAUGGACCUGCAUGGUAUGUUGUCUAUGAACUGUCAAGAAAUUCAACUAGAAAGGCUCAUAAUCGGUUAUCUAAUUCUUUUAUUUCAUUGGUAUCCUAUUGGGAAUUUAUUCUUGAUUGUUUUGUUGAUGGCGUAACCCCAAAAAUGACACAUAUUCACGGAGUCCUUUCCGGUUUUCAACAUGUAAAUUGUUGUCAUAACAUAGAGGUAUGACAGGUCAAUGUUAAUGGAUGCAGAGAUGCUGUGUUUCCAUAAUGCUGAGCCUUGUGUAUCUCAUUAUGGCUAAUUUGUAUAUUUUGCAUUGCCAAAAAUCAAUCACAUGUUAUUUUUGUUUCGUUA